AUGGCCGCCCCUGCGACCGCCUUGGGGGCCUCAGCACUGGGCCAGGGUGGUCCCGGUUCGAUAGCCUCCUGGAGCACCGUGUCCAGCGGCCCAUCGCGCUACCUGGUCGGCAUGCAGGAGCUUUUCCGGGGCCACAGCAAGACUCGCGAGUUCCCGGCGCACAGCGCCAAGGUGCACUCGGUGGCCUGGAGCUGCGACGGGCGCCGCCUGGCUUCGGGCUCCUUCGACAAGACGGCGAGCGUCUUCUUGCUGGAGAAAGACCGGUUGGUCAAAGAAAAUAAUUAUCGGGGACACGGGGAUAGCGUGGACCAGCUCUGUUGGCAUCCAAGCAAUCCAGACCUCUUUGUCACUGCGUCUGGGGACAAAACCAUCCGUAUCUGGGAUGUGAGGACGACAAAGUGCAUCGCCACCGUGAACACUAAAGGGGAGAACAUUAAUAUCUGCUGGAGUCCAGAUGGGCAGACCAUUGCCGUAGGCAACAAGGACGACGUGGUAACCUUCAUUGAUGCCAAGACACACCGGUCCAAAGCAGAGGAGCAGUUCAAGUUUGAGGUCAACGAAAUCUCCUGGAACAAUGACAAUAACAUGUUCUUCCUGACAAAUGGCAAUGGGUGUAUCAACAUCCUCAGCUACCCAGAGCUGAAGCCCGUGCAGUCCGUCAACGCCCACCCCUCCAACUGCAUCUGCAUCAAGUUCGACCCCACGGGCAAGUACUUUGCCACGGGAAGCGCAGACGCCCUGGUCAGCCUGUGGGACGUGGACGAGCUGGUGUGUGUGCGCUGCUUUUCGAGGCUGGAUUGGCCUGUGAGGACCCUCAGCUUCAGCCACGAUGGGAAAAUGCUGGCCUCCGCGUCGGAGGAUCAUUUUAUCGACAUUGCUGAAGUCCAGACAGGAGACAAGCUGUGGGAGGUGCAGUGUGAGUCCCCAACCUUCACUGUGGCGUGGCACCCCAAAAGGCCUCUGCUGGCCUUUGCCUGUGAUGACAAAGAUGGCAAAUAUGACAGCAGUCGGGAAGCAGGGACUGUGAAGCUGUUCGGACUUCCUAAUGACUCCUGAUCCUGCUCGGAGGCCCCGGUGAGGCCUGGCUGUGGGAAGUGAGUUUAGCCUGCUCUCUUGUAGUACCUUCAGACUGAGGGCACCAGGGCCGACUCAAGGCAGCAGUGGGAUUUUUCCUUGUCGUCCACGGGCGUCUUAAAUAUUUGUAAACUGAUAAAAAUGAUUGAAGUCUUUGCUCCAGCCACCCGUCCCAGGUCCCUUCCUGUGGGAUGGCAGGAGCCUCUUUGCCCCUCCCGGGUCCUCCAGUGUGGAAUGGUGGCAUGAAGCUGCGACUGGCCGGCCGGCCUCUCAAGAGCCCCCUUGGAUCUCCUUUGGUUGAUCUGGGGCUCCUGAGAUCCUGCCCCGGGCUGUGCGAGUAGUUCCCAGCGCAGUUCCUGUUCAUGCCCCUGAUCUCUUUCAGAGGCUGUGGUCCGCACCAGGCCUGCCCUGCUCCAGUGGUCCUCUGGCACCCCGAGGCCUUGGGCUGGAAACGGACAGCCCACCAUGUUCUCUGACGACCUUGUCUUCCCUGCUCCGGGGUCUACAGGGAUUUUGUCAGACUUGCUAGUGUUAGAAUUAUAUACCUGAAGGGGUAGGUAAGGAAGGGUGAGAUGGGAAUGGAGAUUUUUAUAAUUAAAAAAGAAACAUCAUUUUGAGAAUGGAGCAUUUACUAAAACUAGCUUUUUUAUUAUGGGACUUAAGAGUUUUUGUUGUACUUAUUUGAAAAUGUUAUUACAAGGAAAUGCUGAUGUUUUGCUUUUUUUCUUUUAAUUAAAAAUUUUU